GCGGCUCCGGCCGGGCGGGGGGAGAAAGACAGGAAGAAGAAGAAGAAGGAGGUGGUGGCGGUAUCGCUGAUGCCCUGCGCUUUGUGUUUUCCCAUCAGGUGUUGUCCUUCUUGCUUCCCAUGUCCUAUUACCAGGAGGAUUUCUUCAGAGAAUACCUCAAGAUGAUGGCGAAUAUGGUCAUCCUGAACUUGCUCAUUUGUAUUUCGCUAGCGUUCUGGAUCGUGUCCAUGACUGCAAGUACGUACUACGGUACUUUACGACCCAUUUCUCCAUGGCGCUGGCUUUUUUCAGUCUUGGUUCCACUAAUUAUUGCUACACAGGGUUUUAAGAGGAAGAGUCUUGAUCACAGUGGUGCAUUGGGAGGGCUGGUGGUUGGAUUUAUCCUUACAGUCGCAAAUUACAGUUUCUUCUCUUCUUUGUUUGUAUUUUUUGUUACUUCUUCAAAACUUACUAAGUGGAAAAAAGAUAUAAAGAAGAAAAUAGAUUCAGAAUACAGAGAAGGUGGACAGAGGAAUUGGAUUCAGGUAUUCUGUAAUGGUGGUGUCCCUACUGAGCUGGCUCUCUUAUAUAUGAUAGAAAAUGGACCCGGUGAAAUUCCUAUUGACUUUUCAAAGGAAUACACAGCAUCAUGGAUGUGCUUAUCCCUUUUGGGAGCUUUGGCAUGCUCUGCUGGUGAUACAUGGGCUUCAGAGAUUGGUAGUGUUAUGAGUAAAAGCAAACCAAGAUUGAUAACAACCUGGGAACAGGUUCCAGUAGGUACUAAUGGAGCAGUUACUUUAGUGGGCCUGAUCUCAAGUUUGCUUGGAGGCAUGACAGUAGGUAUAGCCUACUUUAUAACUCAACUCAUUUUUGUGACUGAUCUGGAAAUGUCUGCUCCACAAUGGCCCAUUAUUGUGUUUGGUGCAGCAGCUGGCCUACUGGGAUCAGUUGUUGAUUCGUAUUUGGGAGCUACAAUGCAAUACAGUGGUUUUGACCAGACAAUUGGCAUGGUUGUUAACCACGAAACGAAAGACUCCAAGCACAUAUCUGGAAAACCUAUUUUAGACAACAAUGCCGUGAAUCUUUUUUCUUCUGUAAUCAUUGCUCUGGUGCUUCCAGGCACAGCAUGGUUUUUUUGGCCAAGGGGUUGAAAUGAUUUAAGGUUUUCUGCAUGCGAUUCAUUUAUGUUCAGUCUUGCUCAGAGACUCCAAAGAGUUCCAGUUGAACUCUCCUUAAGAAAUGGAUCUGAAACAUUCGGAGAGCCAAAGAACUUUCCAUCUCAGCUUGUUAAGGCUGUAAACCUCAUGUGGCAAUCAGCAUCUCUCAGGAAGGUGCUUUGUCAAUAAGGCUCUUGCUGCUCCUCAGGUGGGUGUAGGUCAUUUUGAGGUGAAGCACCUGAUUUUAUUCUCCAUUUACGGAGCUGAAGUGUUGGUGUCUAUUCUCUCCAAUUUCCAGCAUCUGGAAGGGCAAGAAGCUGGAAAUAGAAGUCUAAUCCACAUCACUCAGUGUGAUGAAGCCUUCUGGCUGUUGUACAAGCUAGACACAAAAUACGCUGCAGCUUUAUAUGGGCAAUGGUAACAUGGGUGAAGUGGGUGAAUUCUGGUAUAUCCCAUUAUCUAGUUUGUGAGGCCUACUAGAAGUAUUUUGUCAGGGAAGAGAGAAUUCAGCCUUGUUGCCUGUUCUCUAUUAUACUAUCUCCACU